CCUUGUGCCGCAUUUGUCUGCCCAUGGUGUCAUUUUGCAGGUGCCAGGCACGGGACCCCUUUUGCCUUGCAAGACCUUGAAGGACUCUUCCAACCCAAACCAUUCUGUGGUUCUCUGAGGUUUUGGCCUUUCCCUGCCCACUGAGGACACCGUGCCCAGAACCUGGAAGCACCCACUCUGUGACAUCAUCCCCAGGGCAGUGCAGCUGCUGCAGGCACUCGGGUCAGUGGCUGCACUGAAAGAAACAAGCUUUUGUCUCUUUCAGCUGACAGAUGCUGCUGGCAGUGAUGAAUCUGCUGUACCUCUUCAUCCUGCUGGCUGUGUACAGGCCUGCCCAUGGCACCUGGGACACCUGCAGAGGGACCUGCGGCCUCCGGCCCAUGGCUUCUGACUACGACUCCCUAGCUGCUGACUACAGAAUCGUGGCUGGCACAGGGGCCCUGCCGGGAGCCUGGCCCUGGAUUGUCAGCAUCCAGGACCCCAGGAAAAUAGGCACUGGCCAUACAUGUGGAGGGUCCCUCAUCAGCCCACAGUGGGUCCUCACAGCAGCCCACUGCUUCCUCCAGGCCAGGAACGUCACCAUGUGGCGCGUGCUGAUCGGGGCCACCCAGCUGACCCGCCUGGGCCCCGAGGCUCAGGUGCGCCACGUCAAGCGCCUGCUGGCCCACCAGCAGUACACGGCCGACUCGCAGCAGAAUGACAUCGCCCUGCUGGAGCUGGACGAGCCCGUGGAGUGCAGUGACUACGUGCAGCUGGCCUGCGUGCCCAACACCUCGCUCACGGUGUCAGAGCUGAAAGCCUGCUACAUCGCUGGCUGGGCUUCCGCCGGCGCGCAAGCUCAGGGUCCGAGCGAUGUCCUGCAGGAAGCCAAGGUCCGUCUCCUGGACAUCCAGCUGGUUAACAGCAGCCACUGGUACGCGGGCACCAUCCACACCCACAACCUGUGUGCUGGCUACCCACGGGGUAGCAUGGACACCUGCCAGGGUGACAGUGGAGGGCCUCUGGUGUGCAAAGAUAACAGCGCCAGCUACUUCUGGCUUGUUGGAGUGACCAGCUGGAGAAAAGGCUGUGCCAGAGCAAAAUGGCCGGGAGUCUACACCUCCACUCAGCACUUCUACAACUGGAUCCUGCUCCAGAUGGGCCUGUGCUCAGCUGGAACAGCCACUGCAGCACCAGAGUCACCCUGCAUCUCAACCCCUUCGGAGCAGCCAGAGCCAACAGCAACAGAGUCAGGCUGCUCUACUCCCACUCCACAUCCAGAGAAAACUGUAACAGCCCCUCCAACGGCAGAGCCAACCUUCAGCUCAACUCCCUUUGAGCAGCCAGAGCCAACAGCAACAGAGUCAGGCUGCCCUACAGCCACUCCUCAUCACCCAGCAGUGACAGCCAUGCCAGAGCCAGCCUCGACCCCUGAGCAGCCAAUGCCAGCACAACCUCUCCUGCCUGCUCCGCAUCCGUACAAGAUACUGGCGGGAUUCUUAACUCAGGUGCACCAGAUGCUGCAGGACCUCAUUGGAAAAAGGACAUGAGCAGCACGAUAACAGGAUCCAGU